GCGGAUUGGCUAAACAUGAUAACAUCAGCCUUUGGAACCAACAGCAUUUGUUUGUAGCCCUGUAAAUGUUUUAGUCGUUGAAUAUAUUUUCCUACUCCCUGACCCUCCUCCACCCACCCAAAUAAGAUAUUCUUUCCUGACUAAUUACUUUUAAAAAAAAAUUCAGAUGCAUUCCAGCCGUAACUUUGCUGUAGCGUUUCUUGAUCUUUUUCGACUUCAUUUAUUCUCGCUAUUUCUAAACGAUCAUACUUUAAUUUGUUCAUCAUUUCUCUGUUCUUCACUUUGUAUCUCCUCCCCCCCACUUUCCGACCCUUUUUAAUUUCAUCCAGCCGUUAGUUUUAAACACCAUUCCAUGUUAACUGACCUGCACACAUUUUGUCUCAAGACUCAGACGUCCUGUAAUGGGGGAGAGCUUCUCCAAGUUCGACCGAGUCCUCGAACGUCCAAUCAAAAGGUUUAAAAGAGAAGACGGUUCAGGAGAUCAUGAUAAAAUCAAUGGCAGUGUUACAACAAGCUCUGGUGAGGUAGGAGAUGGGUUGUCCAUAACAGGAAGUGGGGUGCACGCUGUUUUUGGGAACACGAUUUCUAUUUAUAGACGAGAAAUUGUGCUUGGUAUAUUCUUAAGUUGUCUUGUGUUAAAUUCUUCUAGUUUAAAGUAGAUUUUUUUCUUUGUAAUAACAUUUACCUAUGUGCUGUAAAUGAAUAUAUACAUAUUUUUUUUUAAAUCCAUAUUUUUGGAUCAAUAUAAAUCUUAUAUUAAGGAGAGGGUACCUAAAUUAGGUCAACUUCAUUAAAUUCAUCCUUAGUGUUCAUAAUGACGGGUUAAACGUGUUGUGUACAUAGAGAUGAAAUAAAUAGGCUAAUAAUGUCCACCAAUCAAAUGACAUGGCAACCUAGUGUAUGCAAAAGCGGAAUAAUGAAAGAAAGAUUUGAACAUUUCUAUAGCUGUGGGAAAUCGCUUCCAAAUUUAAACCAUUAACCGAUCAAUCACUGUAGCUUAAUGGUUUAGGUGACCGGCUCCCUGUGCCCUUCUAGUAGGUGUGUCAACAUCAAAACAUGACAUUUACAUUAUAACGCAAGAAAUAUACAAAUAAAAUCAAUCACCAAACAGACAAGACAUUGUGCUUAGACGGCUCUCGUAAACCUAGAAUCGGGACUCGUCUGGGGGAGAUCAAGUCUGAAUAAAAAUACUGACUGUCUUUCGGUUACAACUCCCACCCCUUAAGGUAGGGGCUACGUUGUUAAAAUCCGGUGAUGGGCAUGAAAUUUUGGUCAGUUUUUUAACGCCUGCUACGGCCCAGGUACCAUGUUGUAUCAACCUUGGGUUCACCGUUGCCAGGAGAGGACACAUACUGAUUGAGAAUCUUGAUUCUCAAUUUAAAAGCCGACCCUUAGGAUUAAUAUUUUCAGCAGAGAAUCUUCCAGAGAAACGACACCCUCAUCUCUUGGUGACCAGAGAAACCUACUGGGAAAUAACCCUAUCAUCUCUUGGUGACCAGAGAAACCUACUGGGAAAUAACCCUAUCAUCUCUUGGUGACCAGAGAAACCUACUGGGAAAUAACCCUAUCAUCUCUUGGUGACCAGAGACACGGGGAAAUAACGCUACCAUCUCUUGGUGACCAGAGACACGGGGAAAUAACGCUACCAUCUCCCGGUGACCAGAGACACGGGGAAAUAACGCUACCAUCUCUUGGUGACCAGAGACACGGGGAAAUAACGCUACCAUCUCUUGGUGACCAGAGACACGGGGAAAUAACGCUACCAUCUCUUGGUGACCAGAGACACGGGGAAAUAACGCUACCAUCUCUUGGUGACCAGAGACACGGGGAAAUAAAGCUACCAUCUCUUGGUGACCAGAGACACGGGGAAAUAACGCUACCAUCUCUCGUUGACCAGAGACACGGGGAAAUAACGCUACCAUCUCUUGGUGACCAAAGACACGGGGAAAUAACGCUACCAUCUCUUGGUGACCAGAGACACGGGGAAAUACCGCUACCAUCUCUUGGUGACCAGAGACACAGGGAAUUAACGCUACCAUCUCUUAGUGACCAGAGACACCUACUGGGAAAUAACGCUACCAUCUCUUGGUGACCAGAGAAACCUACAGGGAAAUUAUCAUCUCUUGGUGACGCACAGAUGGCAGAAAAGUAUUAAAUAAUUUUGUUUACACUUGAAAAUAAAUGUUCGAAAGUUUGUUGCCCCUCUCUCGGAGUUCGAGUCCUAUUUUAACGCAUGAUAACUUCGUUCCAUUAAUUAUUAUUUGAAUGGUUGUCAUGUUUAUAAUCUUAUUUAAGACACUAGCCGGAUCCAGCCAGACCUCUGCAGAAAUUGGAAAUGUGCUCCCAGAAUGGCAUCAGCUCCCGCAGGUGGUCCUUCUAGAGAUCUACCAGCACCUGUCCAACAACGACAAGAUCAGCGCGUCUCUCACAUGUCAUGCUUGGCUGGAGCCAUUCUCGAGACCAGGACAUUGGAGGCGAGGCAACUUUCUCUUCAAUGGCUUGGACGAAUGGCGGGCUCUUAACUUCGCCAUCAGGAUGGGAGCUUCAUUGCGUCACAUCAACGCAGACUGCUCAGGUGAUUAAAAUAGUAUUAUGUUAAAUCAGUGACAUUAUUAUUCUAAGGCCAGGGUUAAUAUCAGUGCCGUAGAGAGACAUUGUGCCAACAGGGGUGGACUUUGAAUUUUCCGCCCCACCCCUGAAAAGACUACAUAUAAAUAAGUAGUGCUAUUGGCACAGUAAAACCUGUAAAUAACGAGCUUCUCUCUUAUAGUCAUCGCACCAUCAGGUAAAAUAACAAACAAUACAAAGUAAACGGUCCGUUUAUCAACCUUCCGGCUAGCGCGCUCUUUUUGCAAUUUGACUGCGCGCGGUGAUCUAUGUUAUAUCGCUAAUGAGUGACUGAUUAAAUUUAUUUAUUUAUGUAAAUCUACACUCUAAAAGCGUUUUCUACACACUAAACGGCCUUAGCCUAGUGAGGAAAGGAAAACAUAAGCCACUGAUAAGCAGAGCUCGCUGCCAUCUCUCAUUCACGUGUGCCCGACGGAACGACGAAAAUGACUCUUUCAUUGCCUUUUUAUUUAUUUUUUUUUACAUUUUAUUAUUCGGUACUGAAUCCAACUAUUAAGUCCCUGCUAGGGCAGUCCCUCACAUCACGUGAUCUAAAAAAUAAUACAACUCAUUUUUAAUGUGUUUUUUUUCCAACCCACCCCCUCCCCCCACCCCACAACGCCCAAAAUCCCCAGACACAAAAUGAUAUCUUUACAUAAUUAACGCCGUCAUGCCUGUACAGUUUCACAUUUAGAAAGGAAAGCCAAACUGACCACGAAAGACCUGGCCACCUUCCUGAACAUCCUGCUACAAUCUAACAAUUUCAGUCUGGUCACUUUGAAGCUGACCCAGAUGCAACGUCUGACACCAC